AUGGGGAAACUUGAUCACAUCCUGGAGCUCACAGGCCUGGACACUUACUUUGCAUGGAAACGCGAGGUUACUUAUGCAUUAGGCAUUGAGGAUCAGUGGUGUCACGUGACUGACACCGUUGAUCCUGAUGAUGUCUUAGGCAGUGCGUCCUACAAACCUGUUCCCGCGGAUCCACUUCAGCCCACUGCCGCUGAGACAACUGCCAUUCGUGAAUGGUUGAUUAAUGACCUCAAGGCCAAAGCAAUUAUUACUUGUCGACUGUCCAUCUCUGUACAACAACUCAUAUCGACCAGUCAUAAGGUUUCCGUGUGCGAUGCCUGGAAGACCCUGGAAGAUCAUUUUGGACAUAUGGACAUGGGUUCACAGCAUGUCAUUCGACAGAACCUCUAUGCACUCCACAUGAAGGAUGCCGCCGAUGCCUCCAACUAUGUUGGGCAACACUCCUGA